UUGGCCUCUUUGCUCAGCUCAGCCCUGAGCAGGGCAGACGGAGCUCCGUGGCCGGCGCUGCUGGGUGGCUGGCGCCUGAAGUGGUGACAGGUCAACCAUGUGGCCCCAAAGUGGACAUAUGGUCUUUGGGAAUUGUGGGCAUCGAAAUGGUGGAACAAGAAGUUCCUUCCUGGAAUGCAACUCCUGUCUUGCCCCAACUCCUGAUAGCCACAGGAGGAAGACAAAAGCUGCAGCAGCCCAACCUAUUUUCAUCUUGCCUGCGUGACUUCCUGAGCUGCUGCCUGCAGAGAGACGAGGCGCGGCGCUGGUCUGCCAAGGAGCUCCUGCAGCAUCCAUUUGUAAGAUUUGCUGAGCCUGCGUCCAGCCUGGUGCCACUGAUUGUUUCAGUGAAGAAGAGGAAGGAGACAAGAAUGUGACAAUCACAUCAGGACCAUUUAUUCCUCAAUCAGUUUAGAGUAGGAUUGUAGGUUAGGAUUAGGAUUAGGAUAAGGAUUAGGAUUAGGAUUAGAUUAAGGAUAAGGAUAAGGAUAAGGAUAAGGAUAAGGAUAAGGAUAAGGAUAAGGAUAAGGAUAAGGAUAAGGAUAAGGAUAAGGAUAAGGAUAAGGAUAAGGAUAAGGAUAAGGAUAAGGAUAAGGAUAAGGAUUAGGGUUAAGGUAAGGGUUAGGGUUAGAGUAGGAUUGUCUAAUAGGACUGCAGAGUAGGAUUGAAAAUCAAUAAAGUUUCUGAAACCACAACUCACCUUGAAGAUUCCCUUCCUUCUCACUCUGCGAAUAAACUCGAGAAUUCCUUCUGAA